AGCUGUGAAGAGGAGGAGACGCGGAGGGGAGAUGCAGCAACAGAAGCCGAACGAAACCAAAAAGAAAAGAGGACGGCUCCGCCCAAGGGUCAAAGGGAGGAGUCGCCGCGCCGCCGCCGCCCGCCGGUUCGAUCCUUUACGCGAGAUCGAGCUUCCCCGGGUUGGGGUUGAGGCUGCCGUGGCGAUAUCUGGGAUCCGUCGUCUCUCCUCGUGUUCUUGAGCAGUUUUACACUUGCCCUGGCAGAGAACAUUUGACUUGGAAGAGCAAAUUGGGUAACUGGACACACAGGAAGCUUUGUGGUUUGUCCUAACUGAUCCUAUCAAGUUCUCAUAGGCUGCAUACGGGUACAACAUUUUUCCUGAGUUUUGGGCUGCAGAAGAGGGGGAGUCAAGGAUUUUCUAUCUUGUAAGACAGUAAACCACGACCUUGGUGGUCAAGGUCUGUGCCCACUUACCAUAGUCUAUAAGGUGGACAUUGUAAAGGCAGGGUGCAUCUUGCUUUGUAUAGCCUAUCUGUUUCUCUCUCACUGUAUAUAGAGAUCCAUAUAAUGGACGAGAGGAGGACUAUUUUGAUGGACCGUUAUGAAAUCGGGAGGCAAUUAGGACAAGGAAACUUUGCUAAGGUAUAUUUUGCUCGAAACCUGACUGAUGGGCAGUCUGUUGCAAUAAAGAUGAUUGAUAAGGACAAGAUCACGAGGGUUGGGCUAAUAGUGCAGAUAAAGAGGGAGAUCUCUAUAAUGAGACUGGUAAAGCAUCCGAAUGUUCUGCAACUGUUUGAGGUAAUGGCUAGCAAGAGCAAGAUUUACUUUGUAUUGGAGUAUGCUAAAGGUGGUGAGCUGUUCAACAAAAUAUCAAAGGGAAAGUUCAGUGAGGAUGUUGCAAGGAGGUAUUUCCACCAACUGAUUAGUGCCGUGGACUACUGCCACAGCCGAGGUGUUUACCAUCGCGACUUGAAGCCGGAAAACCUACUUCUUGAUGAGAAUGAGAACCUUAAAGUCUCGGAUUUUGGUCUAAGUGCCCUAGCUGAAUCCAAAAGGCACGAUGGCCUCCUACAUACCACCUGUGGAACUCCUGCCUAUGUUGCUCCUGAAGUGCUUAGUAGGAGAGGCUACGAUGGCACAAAGGCGGAUAUAUGGUCUUGUGGAGUAAUUCUUUUUGUGCUAGUGGCUGGUUACCUACCUUUCCAUGACCCAAAUCUUAUUGAGAUGUACAGGAAGAUCUCCAAAGCUGAAUACAGAUGUCCUCGAUCCUUUUCCGGUGAAUUGAAGGACCUGCUUUUUAGAAUGCUUGAUCCAGAUCCAAGUACUAGAAUAUCAAUUUCAAGGAUAAAGAGAAGCACUUGGUACAGAAAACCUAUUGAGGUAAAUUCAGCAAAGAUCAAGCAUGACACAACAAGAGACAAGGUGUGCAACGGUGAAGCCACAACCUCUAACUCAAUAGAAUGCAGUAAUUCAGAGGAAACUCGAGGGUCAUCGAGCCUCCCUAACCUGAAUGCAUUUGACAUCAUUUCUCUUUCAACUGGAUUUGACCUAUCAAAUUUGUUUGAAGAAAAAUAUGGCCGGAGGGAAGAGAGGUUCACCACUAGGCAGCCAGCAGGAACAGUAUUUGCUAAGCUAAAUGAACUGGCUGAGCGGUUAAAGCUCAAAAUUAAGAAGAAAGAAAACGGGGUCUUGAAACUGGCUUCACCAAAGGAAGGAAUAAAGGGAUUUCUCGAGCUUGAUGCAGAGAUUUUUGAGCUUGCUCCUUCUUUCCUUCUAGUCGAGUUGAAGAAGACCAAUGGUGACACCAUAGAGUAUCAAAGGCUCGUGAAAGAAGAAAUAAGGCCUGCACUGAAGGAUAUGGUCUGGGCAUGGCAGAGCGACCGGCACCAGCAGCGCAAGCAGUCUGUGCAAGGAGAGCAGCAGCUGUCAUCACCUUUGCCACCACAGCAGUAGUCACUGUUGUUGUUGCGGCAGCCACAUGACUGAUUGCCAACAUACUUGAUAGCACAGUGGCCAGAGCAGAGGACAAGCCCCAGCUACCGCUGCACUGCCAAGGUGACCGUGCCCUCCAACAAUUGUUGGAGCCACAUGAUUCCCACAACCAGUUGCAACUGCCAUUAUCAAAUCACAUCAUUGCAACUGCAUCAGGCCUGCAUGACUAACUCCCACAGCCUGACAGCCAGACUCAUGAUCCAUCAUGCAUAUGUGAUUGCGAAAUUGGGAUGUUCAGGUUACCCUGUGGUAGGAUCUAAAGCACCUACCAUUUGGUGUUUUCUAUACUGUACAUUAGAUAUACUUGACUUUUCAAUUUUUGAUUGAAACAUGUGUUUUCGAUAUGAUUUUGUAACAUUUAAUCCAUGGAUGAUUGAUGUAUGUACAUUUUUUUUUUGAAAUGAAUGUAUGUACAAUGUUUAGGAAAUAGA